UGUAUCGUACUUCGCUGGGUACGAGAAGGCGUUGCAGGUCGCCAUCUCCAUCUGCAUCAUCGUCGCCAUCGUCCUGCUCUUCGUCUCGAUCUACAACGUCAGACACAGAGCGCGCGGUGGCGGCGAACUCUCGCCUUACCUGCUGCGUAUACUGCGCCGGCGCACCAACGAGGGGACCAGACAGUCCCCCCAGGGAGAUGUACCACCCCCCUAUGAUGACGUCAUCACCGAGGACCUGAAAGAGCUACCCAGCUACGAUGACGUCAUCGCCGGCAAAGAGGGCGUCGUGAACCACGGCUUCCAGCUGGAAGAAGAUGACCAAUGGAAUCCAUCCAGCCUAUCCGAUCCAGAACCCAAACCAGCUGUAAAUACAACGCAGAUCGCAAUGAAAGAUCUGGGAUCCUCAGUGGAUAAUGAUAACGGAAACCAAAGUGAUGUUGUUAUAGAAAUUAGUGCAAUGGCAGCCCCUGAAAGUAAUAAUCUAGAUAGCGGAACCAUGACAGAAAAAAUGUACGAGGAACUGAGCAGCAAGUCAGAUGAAGCUAUUCACUUGUCGGAGGCAAGUCAAGUAAAUGAAUGCUAUGAAAACAAGACUGACUAUGAGAUUAAAGGCGUUAAAAUCAGUGAGACAGAAGCUCGUGGAGAACUGGAUGAGAUAUCUAUCGUCAAUGAGCGAGCAAGACGAAAAAACGAUUUUGCCCAUCAGGACUAUGCAAAGACAAGAGGGCCAGAAAAACAAGAAGUUAGCCUACCUAAAAUUCGUAGUAGCGAAGUACAUUCCACUUGCAUUUCUGAACUCGGGGAUCCAAGCACUGGUGCAAUUCCUAAAACUCGCUUCAAUAAAAUCAAGGCAAAAGCAAGAGACAAAAGCAAACGAAGCGAAGAUGAAAUUACACCCGAAAUAAAACCCUCGAAAAAUUCAAGAAAUAAUUCACAACAAUGUGAAGGCAGUGAACAAUAUGAUUUCAAUGCAUCCGAAGCUUCGAAACCGAAAAACGCUCAAGUAAACGAAUUUUGUGCACAUCAUUCAGCUUUUGAGAGCUCAGACGACGACGCAAUAGCACCUAACGAGUGGGUGCGCAGAGAGAGAAGUGAACACACGGACACUGUAAUGCAGGAGAAUUCUAGUAACAGAGUAAAAAUGCCACCUGAAGAGACCUUAGGCAGAGAAACUAAGCUACAUGAGUAGAUAGAUUAGAAAAUUUUAAUUUCAUUGCAUAUACAUUACGAAAUUCGGGUACAGUUCAUGUACAAUUCUCACAUUAUUCAACUGUAAAUAACGUUGAACUCAUCGUUUUCAGAAGAUAAUGGGAAAAUAAUAAACAAAUAUUAGAAACUUGCAUUGUUUUGUUCUCAAUUUGAGAUGGAUGAUACAUUGUGUACAGAACUAAAUGUUAGCAAUGUAAUGUAAAUGCAAUAAGGGAAAACAAUCGUAGUACUUUAUCGGUACAUAUCAGCAAGACUAGUAUCUUAUUCACAUAUUAUUUCGGUAUAUUUAAUUAGCAUUUUUAGCUAUUUGUCAUCAUAUCUAUUCUAAAUAUUCGUUUAAAAUUUAUA